CGGCGACUUGAGUAUGAUAACCUGCAUUUUGGGGAACAUAUACAUGAGCUCUCUGUGUCACCACGAUCUUCUGUCUUGUCGAAGUAUAGCAUCUACCUCAAGGGCAUGAGCUUUUUAUCGAAGGUAGAGUUACAACUCUGGCGGACCUAGUCCUAGAAGAAGUACGACAAAAGAAACUCAAAUGACAGUUGAACCCGACACCAUGCCGCCUGCUCCGGUAGAAGACGCGGACGACUUCGAUGUCUUCGAUCUGUUGGAGGGCAUGGCUACGACCAGCGAUGCUGCGGCAGAGAGCGACGGGGAACAUGAUGUUGAAAAGGUUGCGAGAUUAAGUUCGGUAAAUAACGAAAUCCCGAACAAUAGUGACUACGGUGCAAGUUUUUCACAAUCGCAUUCUCCUUCGACGCCACAAGUAGUAGACGGAGCGUCUGAUGCCGGGACGGGACCUGGCUUGGGAAGAAGUGAAAUCUGCAGUACUUCUACCAAGCACAGCAAAAGUGAAAAUUUUCACAAAGCGACAGAAGCAAAUGCCAGCUCUGGUACUUUUUUCUCAUCCUGCAAAGAGAAAGCGAAAGAGGCGUGCGCCUCCGUGUGGAGUAACUUUUUCAGCACAGGAACAUGCACCACCUCACAGAAGCAAGACGAAAACGGAGAGUUUGAGCACAGGAGCAGGAAGAACAGAAUAGCGGGAAAGAAGGCCGCCGGAUGUUCCAGUUCUUCCACGUUUAGGAGCGAAAACAAUAUCGAAACACCCAAAAAACCAACCUUCAAGGUCUGGAAAACUAAGGUUCUACUGGACACAGAGAACAACAACGCCGAUAAAACCAGAAAUCCAAAUCCGAGAAUAACCGACAACAACCUCGAUGCGCUGAGAUCCUUGGAAUCGAAGCUGCUCCCCGCCUCCUACAGCUUCGAGAUCGAGAAAAUCCUGAAGAAAAUCGCCAAGCACAAUUACAAGCACAUCGGCUUGCAAAUGCCCGACGGGCUGAUCGCCUGGGCGCCCGCGAUCGGACAGAUUCUCCGCCGGUUUACCAAGGUCGUGUCGCAAACUGUGGAUGAAGAUGGAAAUGUUCUUGUGGACGAAGGUUUGGACGAGAAAGCUGACUCUGAUGAAGAAGGCGAGAAGAACCAGCGGGAACUCAUCGUCUCUAUCUUAGGCGAUGUCAAUUUCGGGGCCUGCUGCGUCGACGAUCUCACCGCGCAGUCCCUUGGAGUGGAGUUUCUCGUGCACUUCGGGCACAGUUGUUUGAUCCCGACGAAGCAGACCAGUGUGAAGACGAUGUAUGUGCACGUCGAGGUGAGUGUCAACAUCGACCACUUUGUAAACACCGUGGAGAAAAACUUCUUCGCGCCAACGAUGCUGUAUGGGGUUGCAGAGGAUGUUGAUGAUGAUUCGACGGUCGUCUGCAAACCUCCCCAGCAGCAGCUUGAUCGACACAGCUCUGAGCAGGAUUUUUCCAGCACUCUCAGCACGAUUUCGUCCAUGCAAGACUCGCGGUAUCCGAUACUCAAGGCGGGCGACGAGCUGGUUUUAACUGCAGCAGCAGCUACUUCCCCUGGUGCUGCUGUUGUGCCAGAAGAGGAACAUGACCUGUCAAACCCGUAUCUAGAUGGCGGUGAGGAUGAUGACAGUCACGACGACCACGACGGCCACGGCUCUCCGCACUCCGACGCUAACUCGCAAAUCUCGACGAAGGCCAGUUCAGACUGCAAUCUGACAUCGAGUCCGGAACCCACACCGAUCAAAGGGGGAAGCCAUAGUGAUAGUGAACACUGCCACAGACGAGGGACCAUGACCAGCAGGACGAGAAGCUCUACAACCAGCCAAAACAGCGAGGACCAAAGGGAGAAAAUUCUCUUUCCCAACCCAUUUAACCGCUCCCGCCUGAACAAACGCGUCGCGAUUCUCGGCACCGUGCAAUUCGCCACAGUGAUCGACAAGGCGAAGAAGGAACUGCAGAGAAGGAUUCGGAACACCAUCCAGAAUGAAAGAACCACAACCAGCGACAACAGCAGUACAAACUCAUCAUCACACACCAUUCCUCUCUACCAGCUCGAACUCUUCACGCAAACCCAAACUAAGCCUCUUGGCAAGGCAGAAGUCCUUGGCUGCACCGCGCCGUCUCUCCUCGGCGUCGACGAGGUGAUUUUCGUUUGCGACGGAAGAUUUCACCUGGAGGCGGUCAUGCUGCGGAAUCCACAGGCCAAUUUCUACCUCUACAAUCCGUAUUCCAAGGAACUCACCGUCGAAAAGUACAACUACGAAGAGAUGUUGGUGCAGCGGAAACAGGCUGUGAACAGCGUAAAAACUAUGGUCAGGGACGAGGUGUUUGAUAGGAAUUUGUACGGAAAAGCGGGACAAGGACAAGCAGAUGAGGCACAAGAAGAAAACAAACUUCCACUAGUUUCCCCAGAAGCCGGCGCUACCUGUGGUAUCAUCCUCGGCACGCUCGGCAGACAGGGCUCGGUCGCGAUUCUGGAGCGGUUGCUCGAUGUGUUUCGGAAGUGGAACAAGGCGAGGGAUAGUAGCGGAAGGGAAGAUCAUAAAAACUCCCCGAAACCGGAGAAAAUCCACCACGUCGUUUUCCUGCUAUCCGAAAUCUCGCCGCAAGUCCUGCACGAGUACGAGGAAGAAGUGGACUUUUGGGUGCAGAUCGCCUGUCCGCGACUGUCGUUAGACUGGGGCAGCGCGUUUGAGAAACCGUGUUUGACGACCUACGAGUGCUAUUUGGUGUUUUUCGACGAACAGAAAGAAGAGCUGGAGCACCACAGGAAUGAAGGCGACAAACAGGACUUCCCUCAGAACAUUUUCACCGACAUCGAGAAGCGGCAGUUUGAGGCAGCGCUGGGACUGAAACAGAAACACAUCUCGCAGUGGAAUGUAAACAGUAGUUGCUGUGGCGGAGGGUCUGGUGGGGGUUCGGGCUGCGGUUCGGGAGGGUGUGGAGAGAUUAGGGAAGGAGAAGAUGUUGAGCCCUCUUGUAACAAGGAGGACAUCUUCACGAGCAUUCACGACUCCAACCAACCCGUUUACAUAGACGCCGGGAACAACCAAAGUGCAGCAGAACCCAAAGACGACGCCAACAGCCUCUCCCGCUACUGGCCCGAAGUAGAUUACUACGCGAAUGCUGGCGGACCUUGGGCAAAUUACUCCACUGCAGGGAGUCAGGACGUGAAGUUCUCGCAUUUGUGACGAGAGUUUUAAGCGACAGAUGUACAUGUUGAAGCGACAAAAACUGGUGCCAAGUGCAGCUCUUAUCCAUAUGUUUUUAUGGAAAAACAGUGCUAACGGCGGUUUCAUUUUUUUUUUUGGAGGUCUGCCUACGUAGUCUUGACAGCAGUGUGUGAAAUUCAUUGACUUUGAAUCACGACGGAAAUAUGUCCUCAGUACCAAAAGUCGAAAUUACUACGUGAACAAUGAAUAUUUCAGAAAAAUCGAUGUCACACGUCUCUGAGCCUGACGUACGCGAUUCUAUUUGAGGGCAGUCGGCGGCACUCGAUUUCGAUCUGUCUACUGGCACAAUUCCCUCUUUUCACCCAGCGCCAGCCCGUUUCUCGUGGUUUCUACCAACAAU